CGUACUACCAAGCUGAGACUUCCCCACCACUGGGGGCCCCAGUGAAUGGUGGGCAUAAUUGCAUGAGGACAGCUGAUGGGCUGGUCAGCUGCUUGGCCUGCCCACCUUGAUGCCUCCGCAUGCAAGAUCAGAGGUAAUGAGCUCUCCCUUAAAGCUGCAGCACUCGGCUUGCGAGGGGCAAGAUCAGAGAACCCUUUUCUUUAGGAAUGGACCUGUUUGUUUUCCGUGCUCAACAGAAACAAUCUGAAUUCUGGGAUUUAUUUAAAGUCACACAAAUUGAACAGAUUUGCACAGUUUUCUCUUGCAUAAUCCUACAUCUCUUGUUUGGUGUCACUCGUUCUCAUUUUGCUUGGUGGAGGCCGAAGGCAAACAGGCACGGAGGCAUUGAAGGCAGGGAGGCCAUCUUCACUACUGGCAGACAUAGCAUUCUGCUGCCCCUCUCUAGGAGCCUUCAGGCAUUUUCCUGUUCAGAUCACAUAACUGAAACCCUGAGGACUAGAACUUUUCAAAAAGUCAAGAUUCUCAGGCAAAUGAAUUCAGUGCCUGAUUGUUGCCUUCUGCAGAAUCACACUGCAUGUCCCACCCUCAGCACUUAACCCUCUUACAGUCCAGAAACUAAUCUUGAAGUCUGAUGAAGCAGCAGCAGCACCUAAAGUUUCUCAAACCCGUCCAUAGGAUCCUCCAAAUGUGAUGCUGGACCUCCCCAGGUUGCUUGCUGUGGCUUUAUGCGCAGAGCCACUGAGUUUGCUGGCCACGUGCGCUCUGUUUGCAGCGUGAUCUAGAUUUCCAACACGAGGAGGCAGGAUAUGAGAUGGUGUUCCAUAGGCCAAUAAUCUUCCAGUGUUUUUCCUUUAAUUUUUAAAAAUCAGCCACCAAGUGUCCAAAGAUCCUUUUUCGUGUGAACGGAAGUUCCCAGAAAUAGCUCAGAGCAGCCUGCGUCCUCUUGUUCAGAUUUGGGCAAGCCGCAAGACCAUUGUUCUGUGACUUGUGGCUGUGGAAUGGACAGUCUCUAGUGUGCUUUUAUCCCACCCGUUCUUCAAGGAGAGCUCAAUGAGGCUUACUUAGGUAUUGCCUUUCAUUUUAUCCUCACAGCAUCCCUGUAAUGUAGGAUAGACUGAGAGACCUGAACUGGCCCAAAGUCUUCUAGCAAGCUUCCACGAGCAACGUGGGGACCAAAUCCCAGCCUCCAAUCUGACACUCUUUAACUAGCACACUGCUUUACACUGACUGAGAUUUUAAAAUCUUAUCUGGCACUUCCCAAAGAGCAGAGGGGCAGGAUUUGUCCAUCUGGGCUUCCCAAACUGUCCUUGUCUCUGCUAAAGCCAGUCACACGUCCCUCUGCAAAACUGCUGGAUUUUGAAAACCGCUGUGAUGCAUGCACAAAUAUGGUCUGUUUUCAGUGUAAGAGCCGGCAGGAUGUGCGAUUGCCCAACCUUUUAGAAGAAUUUAGUAACAGACAGAGAGAACAAAUGGGUAACUGUCGUGAUCAGAGUUUGCCUCAUCCUCUCAGCGACUAUAGCUCCAUGUGUCAGGUCACUUCAAAUCCUGCCUCUCUCUGAAACAGUGCUGUGCCAAAGGGCCCCUUCACCACCCAUGCGCAAACCGCUGUCAUCAACUUUGUGAGACUGUGGAGUAGGGCUGUCUGUCUUCUGCGACCCUGUGGUGGAAGUUGUGUCACAACACAGCAAGCUUUUUGUUGCCUUGUUCAUUUUGCAAAAAUGCCUGCCGGUCAAUUCCUUUAAGCUCUGCAGAAAAUGGCGGUCAGGUGCUUGUGCGUUUGUGGCUAGAAGCAUCUUUCUCUUUGGUUGUGAUUGCAACCCUCCAGAAUACCUCUGUGUACACUGCAGUGCCUUGAUACCUAAGAUAACUGGACCAUAACUGAGCAAUGGACUCAUUCUACCUUGUAAAUCCUCCCCCAGCUUGGAGAGGCAAGCCAGGGUUGGCUUCUCACUGCCAGUUUUUCUCUAGCCCCUGAGAAAAGGGAAGAAGGGGGAAGAGAAGGAGUAGAAUAGAAGCGUUGGAUCCCCGAGCUUGGUCCAGUGGGUUCACAAUUCAGCCCGCUGUCUGAAGUUAAGCAGGGCUCUAUGCGUUGAGUGCUUGGCUUGGAGAGUUUGGGGCCCUGGGCAAAAAAACACUUUCGGUCACGUAGGAAGGGUGGCAGGGAACGAUGCGUGUGGAAUAGAUGCCUCGUUCCUUUCUUCUGCAAGCAGUUAUCUCCCAACUGGGAUUUGGCAGCCACACCCACACCUGCCCUGUCCGAUUCCAAGGUUUUCAGACAACAUGCGGAAGUUGCGUCAACCUGUUGACCUUCGAACCUUCAAACCUCAAAGUGCAUUCCCGACCGCAAGGAGCUCUCUUAUCAGCGUCCCUUCUGGUCCUUCCUGCUUUGAGGUCAGAGGCCAGCAAGAUUUUUAGGCUACUGAGCUGUCGAGAGUCAAAGCCCCCUUUGUCCUAAAAACUAUCUCCCAGUCCUGUGACCUGGCAUCAUCUUGGGACCCCUUCUACGAAGCCCCCCCCCCGUGUGAAUUUCAUUCCCCCCCAUCUGAGCCCAUUUGUUUGCAAGACUUGUCCUCACAUCUCUGCUUCCAGUCUGAGGCAGCAUCUAAUAGUUAAAUGGCGAGAGAGGGAGGAAAGGCGAGAGAGGGGAGGGAGGCCCUGCCCUGCCCUGCCCCACAAGGAAGCCAGCAAACCAGGAAGUGGUUAGAAUCAGCCCUCUGCCGAGAAGGAAUGGAGCUUUCCCCGGGACCCUGUUAGUUUCCCCAGAGAGAGAGAGAGCCAGAACAGGCAAGCGGAGCUCCCUGCUACUGGGACCGCUGUUGCCCUGGCAGGAGGGAGGCCUCCUCCACACCCACGCAAGGAAGUGGUUGCACUUCUCAGAGAGGGAAGGGGAAGCCGGAGGACUUCAGAGCAGCCGUCUCCUGGCCCGGCUGUGUUGCUGCUGCUGCUGCUGCUGCUGCUGUGGUUCAUGUCGACUGUCCAGAGUCCAUGAACUAGCCAGGCCCUGGUUUCAGAAGGCAGAACGAAAAAGAGCCCUUUCUCUGCUUCUUCAAGGUUGAGACGUCAUGGCUUACCACAGCUUCCUGCUGGAGCCCAUCAGCUGCCAUGCCUGGAACAAGGACAGAACUCAACUGGCGAUUUGCCCCAACAACCAUGAGGUUCACAUCUACAAGAAAGAUGGAGCAAAAUGGACCAAGGCCCAUGAGUUGAAGGAACACAACGGGCAGGUGACAGGCAUCGACUGGGCCCCAGAGAGCAACCGCCUCGUGACCUGCGGCACAGACCGUAAUGCCUAUGUGUGGACCCUGAAGGGCAACGUCUGGAAGCCCACCCUGGUCAUCCUUCGGAUCAACCGGGCUGCCCGCUGCGUGAAGUGGUCUCCCAAGGAGAACAAAUUUGCAGUGGGGAGCGGCUCCAGGCUCAUCUCCAUCUGCUACUUUGAGCAAGAGAAUGACUGGUGGGUCUGCAAGCAUAUCAAGAAACCUAUCAGAUCCACCAUCCUCAGCCUGGACUGGCACCCAAACAAUGUCCUGCUGGCUUCCGGAUCCUGCGAUUUCAAAUGCAGGAUCUUCUCUGCCUACAUCAAAGAGUUUGAGGAGCGUCCCUCCCCCACUCCCUGGGGCUCCAAGAUGCCCUUUGGGGAGCUCAUGUUUGAGUCAGGCAGCAGCUGCGGAUGGGUCCACAGCGUCUCCUUCUCCGAAAGCGGCAACCACCUGGCAUGGGUGAGCCACGACAGCACGGUCUGCCUUGCCGAUGCCAACAAGAAAAUGGCCGUCGCGUCACUUUCCGUGGAGAUGCUUCCCCUCCUCGCCGUGACCUUCAUCACCGAGAACCGCCUGGUGGCUGCGGGUCACGACUGCUGCCCCCUGCUGUUCACUUACGAUAGCCCACAGGGCAUGCUGACUUUCGGGGGGAAGCUGGACAUCCCCAAGCAAAGCUCCCAGCGGGGCCUAACAGCUCGUGAGCGCUUCCAGAACCUGGACAAGAAGGCCAGCUCCGACACUGACAGCAACCUGGACACUCUGCACAAGAACAGCAUCAGCCAAAUAUCUGUGAUCGCUGGCGGGAAAGGCAACUGCUCUAAGUUCUGUACCACCGGGAUGGAUGGGGGCAUGACCAUCUGGGAUGUCAAGAGUCUGGAGUCUGCUAUGAAGGGCCUCCGUAUCAAGUGAAGGAACCGUCAAGGGGCUUCCUGUCCAGCAGCUGUUUGCUUCCUUCACCCGCUUCCUUCUUGCCAUCCCGUGAGUCACAGCAAAGACAAAUCCAAGCAGCAACAAGCUUUCUUGCUGUUCCCCCAACCUUGGAAGAGGAGCAUAUUAGCUGUGCUUAAUAAAACAAGAGAGAAAUUCAGGUGACAAACAGCCUAAAAUAAAUUGUUUCUCUUCAUGCCAA